AUAAUCUGAACUCUGAACCAUCGACCUCUGCUCUGCAGCCAUUAUCGGACCAAGUUGGCCGUGGAGUACCUCAACGCUUCUCUGUGUUGUCCGAGGGGGAGCGCUUGAUAAAAAAAUUCAAUUUGACGGCUCAGCAGUUGAUGAUUAAGUUCAAUAACGCGGAAUCCAAUGAAGCACCUCUAGAAUGGCUUAAGAAAUCACUGGCUGCUCUUAUUAAUUACGUGACUAAGAGGCGUAGUGUGAGUGAUCGCAUUGGGUUAAUGCUGACCAAUAGUGAGUUCCCUGACAACCCUCUGGGAUUCUCGUUCAGGCGUGUGGACCAGCUGAAUGCUAACGUCAUGCUGAAGACCCUGGAAAAAGUGAUGCAAAGCAAUCGGACGUUCUUCGCAAGUGCAGCACUACGGAUUGAUGUGAGUCUAAUUACCCUCCCUAAUGGACAGGGACGCAAACGAAUGACCGGAGUCACCUUCGCGGCGUUCUCUCAGCAAAAACACGGUAUCAUUCUUAUUAACAACGAUGAUACUCUGUGCCUCGCUCGGGCCCUCGCAACAGCCCUAGCUUUCCGGAACAACGACCCCGAGUUUGAACUGAUGAGAGCAGGAUUUCCUAUACAGGGACAAAGAGCUGAAGCAUUGUGUGUAGCUGCUGACGUUGAUUUAUCAGCCGGAGGUACCAUCGAGCACAUACGUCAGUUUCAGGAUUACCUGACGGACUUCACCAUCGUCGUGUACAACCACAGAUUGGGCAAGACGACGUACUUUGAAGGUCCCCGGUCACCGCAACGGCAAGUACUGAACCUGAUAUUCGAAAACGAUCACUAUAACGUGAUAACCAGCCUGACGUCCGCGUUUAGUUGUGGUUACUUUUGUGAGUCGUGUCGCAUCAGGAUGAGUCGCCGGGAGCAGCACAAAAACUGCAAGUACAUUUGUCCCUGCUGCCACACAACUCCCCCGUGCAACAAGGAUGCUGAAAACAUAAAGUGUGCGGCGUGUAAUCGCGAUUUUCGAGGCCUCGAAUGCUACCGGUAUCACAAAGACCAAAACUUGUGCACGAAGGUACGCAGAUGUCGCGCGUGUUUGACUACAGUAUGGAAGGAGAAGAAACCACACAAGUGCGGUGUCAAGAGAUGCAUUACUUGCCAAGCUGACCGUCCAAUACGUCAUCUGUGCUACAUGGCAAAGAAUACCCCCGACCAAAAGAAGUUGAGCAAAGACUUUGUGUUCGUGUUUUACGAUUUUGAGUGCCGACAAGACGAUCAGUUUGAAAAUCGUGGUGACACUUUCGUACAUGUGCCCAAUUUGUGUGUCGCGCAACAACUGUGCAAAUCGUGCAUCAAAACCAACACAGACAUCAAUAUCCUUUGUGAUAAAUGUGGUCCUCGGCAACACAUAUUUAAACAGGACCCCGUUAAUGAACUUUUAAAUUUUGUGUCCACGCUAGCGCGUAAAAAUCGUGAUGUCGUGGCUAUUGCGCACAAUAGUAAGGGAUACGACAGUAUUUUCAUUUUGAAGGAGAUGAUGAAGACUCCCUCUGCCUGGAACCCUGAGAUAAUUGCGACAGGAACAAAAAUUACGUCACUGUCAUGUAAUAACAACAUUAGGUUCAUUGACAGUUUGAACUUUAUGCCCGUCCCUUUAAGCGCUCUUCCGAAAACGUUCAGUUUUCCUGGGUGUAAAGGACACUUCCCACACUUCUUCAACACUCUGGAAAAUGUGAAUUACACGGGGCCACUGCCUGCACCGCAUUUUUAUGGGGUCGACGAAAUGUCUGAAAAAAAUCGCAACGAUUUCUUCAAAUGGUACAACGCAGAAGUGAACCGUAACGCGGUAUUCAAUUUUAAGGAGGAAAUUGUAAAAUACUGUACCCAGGACGUCAACAUCUUACGACUGGCGUGCGUGGAGUUCUGGCGAAAAUUCACAGCCGAAAACGGCGUGGAUCCAUUCCGCGAGUGCUGCACCAUUGCCUCUGCGUGUAGUCUGGUGUUCCGGAGGAACUUCCUUCAAGAGGAAACGAUCGGCCUCAUUCCGCAUGGAGGGUAUAGGAUGGCUGACAAUCAGAGCAGAGUCGCCAUCAAAUGGCUUGUCCAUCUACAAACCACCGAGGUCCCCGACCUUCAACAUUCCGGCAACACCCGAGAAGUCCGUCUAAAGGAGGGGAUCCUUGUCGAUGGCUACUCACCAGCUACGAACACGGUGUACCAGUUUCACGGGUGCUACUAUCACGGAUGUGAGUCAUGUUUCCCGGAUCAGACGGCGCAACUAAAAGGAAAUAGGACUGACACAAUGGGAAUGCGACGUGAGAAGACGGAGGCAACGUCAACUCGUAUUAGGGGCGCAGGCUACAGGUUGGUUGAGAUGUGGGAGUGCCACUUCAAGACAUAUCUCACCAAUAAUCCAGAGAUUGCCGAUUUGUUGAACGGGGAUAAUAUCUUAAAACAUGAACCAUUAAAUCCACGUGAUGGUUUCUUUGGUGGACGUACGAAUGCCAUUAAAUUGUACCACAAGGCCGAAGAAGGGGAGGAGAUCAGGUAUUUGGACGUGUGCUCCCUCUAUCCAUAUGUCAACAAGUAUGGGAAGUAUCCUCUUGGCCACCCGCGUGUACUGGUUACAGCAGAAGAACUACGGUCCGUCAACCUAAACACCGUGGAAGGCAUGGUGAAGUGUACUGUGCUUCCACCCCAACACCUCUACCAUCCUGUGUUGCCGUACAGAUGUCACGGAAAGCUUAUGUUCCCUCUGUGCCGUACCUGCUGCGAAACGAUGGAGCAAGGGGAAUGUGAGCACCCUGAAGACCAGCGCCGCUUCACAGGCACCUACGUAGCAGACGAGCUACGGAAGGCCAUCUCAUUGGGGUACGUAGUUACCGAUCUUCAAGAAGUGUGGGAGUAUAAGACCACCCAGUACGAUCGUCAAACAAAAAGCGGCGGUUUAUUCUCGGGUUAUGUGGAUAACUUCCUCAAAACGAAGCAGGAGUGCACCGGUUGGCCAGCUUGGUGCGUAAACGAGGAAGCGUGCAUGCGCUACUUGAUGGAGUACAUGGAGCAUGAGGGAGUUCUACUUGAUCGAACCAAGAUUGAAGUAAACGCAGGACUCCGCUACAUCGCCAAACUUUUCCUCAAUUCAUUUUGGGGAAAGUUUGGCCAACGCGACAAUUUGACAAAAACUACCCUUGUCUCUGAGGCUGAGCCGUUUUUCCAAAUGCUCACGGAUCCGUCCAAGGAAGUCAACUCGAUCAUACCCGUGAACGACGAAACCCUUAUCGUCAACUGGACUCUCCCCGAAGAAGCCGUCGACCCCCUGAAAACCACGAACGUGGUACUGGCCGCCUACACCACAGCCAACGCCCGCCUGGUACUAUACGAAUACCUGGAGAAGCUUGGAAAACGUGUUCUCUACUUCGACACGGACUCGGUUAUUUUCACUCAGAAGUCCGACGAAUGGACUCCUCCAACCGGCAGUUUUCUCGGUGACAUGACUGAUGAAGUAGAGUGUUAUGGGGCAGGGAGCCGAAUUGUGGAAUUCGUGAGUGGUGGCCCAAAAAACUACGCGUACAAAGUGUUUUCCCCCAGUGCGAACAAGUAUAGUGUCGUAUGUAAAGUUAAGGGCAUCUCCUUAAACUAUAAAAACAGUGUUGUGGUGAAUUUUGAAACUAUUAAAGACGCAGUGUUAAAUAAUGCCCCGGAGACUUACGUAGAGUCAGAUCGACGUAUAGCUCGUACGUGUACGUUUGACGUUAUCUCCAAACCGGAGAAGAAAAGGUACCGUGUGGAGUACACGAAACGACGUCGAUUAGAGCAGGGGUACGACACACUACCUUAUGGAUAUAAAACGUAA